GCGCGAGGAGGAGUCCGGGCUGCGGCGGCGGCCGCGUCACAGCAGUGCUCCCGCUGCCCGGCGCCUCAGACCCGGCCCGAGCGCCGCCGAGGACGCGGACCGGGACCCGCACGAGCACAGGGGCUGCGCCGGAGGUUCCUCUUGCGGGCGGGGGCUGCGCGACCAUGGCGGACAAGGACGGCGGCAGCGACGCGGGGCCCCGAGAGUACUGCUACAUCGUACGGUGAUACCACGCUUGGUUCAUCCAUUCUCUUAUCGAUGGAUGUUUGGAUUGCUUCCAGUUUUUGAGACAGCCCCCACGUCUGCAUAUUCCUCUCCAGCCCGGAGUCUGGGGGACACAGGAAUAACGCCGCUGUCCCCUUCCCAUAUCGUGAACGAUGCUGACCCGAACGUCUCAGAGCAGCAGACGUUUCUGGUGGUGGUGGCCAUUGACUUUGGAACCACGUCCAGUGGCUAUGCCUACAGUUUCACCAAGGAGCCAGAAUGUAUCCACGUGAUGAGGCGAUGGGAAGGGGGCGACCCCGGGGUGUCCAACCAGAAGACUCCGACCACCAUCUUGUUGACCCCGGAGAGGAAGUUCCACAGCUUCGGGUACGCCGCCCGGGACUUCUACCAUGACCUGGAUCCCAGCGAGGCCAAGCAGUGGCUGUACCUGGAGAGGUUCAAGAUGAGACUGCAUACCACUGGCGAUCUGACCAUGGAUACAGACCUCACGGCAGCCAACGGCAAGAAAGUCAAAGCCCUUGAAAUCUUCGCGUAUGCCCUGCAGUACUUCAAGGAGCAGGCACUGAAGGAGCUGAGUGACCAGGCGGGGUCGGAGUUCGAGAACUCUGAUGUCAGAUGGGUCAUCACGGUGCCUGCCAUUUGGAAACAGCCCGCCAAGCAGUUCAUGAGACAAGCUGCCUAUCAGGCAGGCCUGGCCUCCCCCGAGAACUCCGAGCAGCUCAUCAUCGCCCUGGAGCCCGAGGCGGCCUCCAUCUACUGCCGGAAGCUGCGGCUGCACCAAAUGAUCGAGCUGAGCAGCAAGGCCGCGGUCAACGGGUACAGCUCCAGUGACACAGUGGGAGCCGGGUUUGCACAGGCUAAGGAACACAUACGGCGUAAUCGGCAGAGCCGGACCUUUUUGGUGGAGAAUGUCAUAGGAGAAAUCUGGUCCGAGCUGGAGGAAGGUGACAAGUAUGUGGUCGUGGACAGUGGCGGGGGCACCGUAGACCUGACCGUCCAUCAGAUACGGUUACCGGAAGGACACCUGAAAGAACUGUAUAAAGCAACAGGUGGACCCUAUGGAUCCUUAGGGGUAGAUUAUGAAUUUGAGAAACUUCUGUGUAAAAUAUUCGGAGAGGAUUUUAUCGAGCAAUUCAAAAUCAAGCGUCCCGCGGCCUGGGUUGACUUAAUGAUUGCAUUUGAGUCUCGUAAAAGGGCAGCUGCCCCGGACCGAACUAACCCACUGAACAUCACCCUGCCCUUCUCCUUCAUCGACUACUACAAGAAGUUCCGCGGGCACAGCGUGGAGCACGCCUUGAGGAAGAGCAAUGUGGAUUUUGUGAAGUGGUCCUCACAAGGGAUGCUGAGGAUGAGUCCAGAUGCCAUGAAUGCUCUUUUUAAGCCGACCAUCGACAGCAUCAUUGAGCACCUCCGGGACCUGUUUCAGAAGCCCGAGGUGUCCACUGUCAAGUUCCUCUUCCUGGUGGGGGGCUUUGCAGAGGCGCCCCUCCUGCAGCAGGCAGUGCAGGCGGCCUUCGGCGACAAGUGUCGCAUCAUCAUCCCCCAGGACGUGGGCCUCACCAUCCUCAAGGGCGCCGUCCUCUUCGGCCUGGACCCCGCGGUCAUCAAGGUGCGCCGGUCGCCGCUCACCUACGGGGUGGGCGUGCUGAACCGCUACGUGGAGGGCAAGCACCCACCCGAGAAGCUGCUGGUGAAGGACGGCACUCGCUGGUGCACCGACGUCUUCGAUAAGUUCAUCUCCGCCGACCAGUCGGUGGCCCUGGGGGAGCUGGUCAAGCGCAGCUACACGCCGGCCAAGCCUUCCCAGCUGGUCAUUGUCAUCAACAUCUACAGCUCCGAGCACGACGACGUGAGCUUCAUCACCGACCCGGGGGUCAAGAAGUGCGGCACGCUGCGCCUGGACCUCACGGGGACCAGCGGCAUGGCUGUGCCCGCCCGGAGGGAGAUCCAGACCCUCAUGCAGUUCGGGGACACAGAGAUCAAGGCCACGGCCGUCGACAUAGCCACCUCAAAGAGCGUCAAGGUUGGGAUUGACUUCUUAAAUUACUAACAGGCCCGCCCCCGCCGCUGCCUGCCACCCCGCCCCCAGGACUCCGCUCCCCUGCACUUGCUGACCUCAACCCUGACGGUUCUUUCUCUGUCCUUGACCCUCAGCAUUGCCCACCGGAAUUUCAGCAGGGAAGAUGGGAACAAGUAGGGCUAGAAAUAAUUAGGGAGUUUUGAGGGCACACUGGAGUCAGAAAAACUGUGGGAAAUGGAGAUUGAGGUUUGGGAAUAAGAAAUCCGAGCAUCUUGGAAGAGCAGCUAGUUUUCAUAGGUACCCAGGGGUGAAACAGCCACCCGACACGGGAUUCAGUCCAUUUCUAGGCGGUGAUUCAGCUUGUUUUGAAUGGAUCUCUGUGAGGAUGCCCUAUUGCUCUCUUUCCAGAUUUGAAAUGAGAGCUGUGAGCCGGGAGGAGAUUCUUUAUCUAUUUGAGAGUUUUCUUUUUACGUUUUUUGGAUGGCAGUCCAUAUAAAAUGCCGUCCAUCUGAAGUUAAUUUCUUUUCAUCAUCACGUGAUUAAAAGUGGUGAUGCAGCAGGAGCUGGGAGUGUGUUCCACCAGUGGGAGGGGCCUGCCCACACUGGGCACUAUUUUAGAUUCUCAUAAUUUCAAUUCUGAAUAGGUUCAGUGAGGAGGCAGUAUGAUCCCAGCUAAUCUAGGGUUCGAGGGAGUGGGACAGCGUGCCCCUUCACCUUUCAGCAGGUGAAAGCUUGCUUCGAUGGAAUUAUUUAGGCACUGCUGACUUAUCCCAAAUCGUAGGCAGUGACAUCAUUCCCCAGAUGCCAGAUCCUCAUUUCUGAAUUUAUAAGUAAUUCAAGUUAACCUUAGUGGGCUUCUGUGUGAGGACAUGGUUGUGCAGUUUGCCUUGUUCAUACCACCAAGCCCAGGAGUCUGGAACAGCCCCUCACCUUGACAAGGGUCCAUAUUUUAAAUUUACUCCCUCCUCACCCUCAUCUCCCAAAGAGUUUUGGCCCCACAUUCCCACAUUUCAAAAAGAAUACAUUGGUGAUACACGGGUUGAGAAUCUGUGCUAUGAAAUGUUUCACUAAAAUCUUCAGUUUUUAAAGCGUCUCUAAAAGGAAUUCAUAGAUAUGUACUUGAUGAAUUCAGCCAGUUCUUUUCAAAGCUGAUCUGUGACUCCCCCUCCUGAGACUGCCUGGGUGCCUCUUAAAAGCAGAUUUCUGGAUCCUAUUCCUUUUACAAAUUGAAGCUGAGUCUUGGUGGGGGGCGCAGGGACCAGCAUUUGCAUUUUCAGUAGACACCCACAGGGGACUGUGGUGCCAUGGGAAUCUGAGAACUCCUAACUUGAGGUUUGGUUGGAAGCAGAAAAGCACCCCAGUGCCUGCAGUCUACCUGUUUGGGGCUCCCUUAGGGAGAGGAUUUUCAAGUGAAGAGCCGAGCCGGGGUCCCACACCCUGCCCUUUGUGAGUGGGGCUGGGGCUCCACCCGGCUUGGGGGUGGUGCUUUUAGCCCUCACAGGAGUGGCCUGCGAAGGACGACGAAGGUGGGGGGGGAGGGAAGGCACCCUAAGGACAGACGAGCUGAGGAACCAACUGGUGUGUCUGCUGGAACUCCUUCUCCGGAUUUGAAAUCCCUGGAGGCAUGCAUAAUGAAUGAGGGGAGGAUGCGCUAAAGAACCCGAUCCAAAGGCAAGCUGGAUUCACAAACGCAUUACCAUAGCCGAUAUGCAGAUUCGAAAUAGCAUUUCCUGUUUCAUUUGAGCACGUCUUUCCACCCUGCCUGCUGCAGAAUUCCCUGCUAGAAUGUGAAACACGAGCAAACCACUGACCUAGAGAAUGCUAGGCGCGUACCUGAGCUCCGUAGCAGGACCGCGUGUCCAGGCACCGCCGUGUGUUUGCUCGGGUUCUCUUGCUGCCUGCUCUGCUUCAAAAGCUAAAUGUUCUGGGUCUUUCUUUGGUGUUGCCAGCCAUACUUUGCAAAUAAGACUUCUCAAGUGAGUUAUAAGUAGUAUGAUUUUAUGUACAUACGAUAUUAGAAUAUUGUACAGAAUCUUUAUUUCUACAAUGUGCUUUUCUUGUUAAAAAAAAAAAACCAAAAGGAAAAUGCUCUUUGAAUUUUGUCGAUGACAUUGCUGCCUUUAAUUUCCCAUGGCUUCAUUUUUUAAUUGCGCUUACUUAUCGAUUUGUACCCGAUGUUAAGCUUAUGGACUAUGUAUGCGAGACUGAGCAGGAGUCAGAGGUGCCGAGGCUCGGAACACUCUGGGAAAAAAAAGGGGACAGCAGCCGGAUCAACAGCUUCGUCAGACCUUGCUUCACUCACAUGCUUCCCAAAGUCUCACAGUUUAUCUUGAAAGGAGCAUAAUCAUGUAUCGAUUCUCCAGUCCAGUCUCAGAGAGCUGAGCUUUCUGGUUCUAUAUGCCACGUGACUGUGCAGGACAACCUAGGAAAACUCUGCGUCCCUACAGGGUUGUCAGCUUCUUCUCAUGGGGCAGAGCAGUCACUGUGACGGCCAAGUGUGGUCCGUGUGCGGUGUUGACAGUAGACAGGGUUCCAGCAAGGAAUCCAGUGGUGCACAAGUCCAGCUGUCCCACUCGAUGAAGUGUAAGUGUGAGUAAUUUAGUGAAGGUUUUUUUUGUUUUGUUUUGUUUUUUUUGCAAAUGUAAUACCUUUCCCACCUUGCACUGAAGAUGUCUCCUUGUCUGAUUUCUCUUUGGCAAGUUGGUUGAAUUCUGCACUGUUGGCAAGCAGGUGAUGGAGAGGGCUGAGAAUCCCACUGGACUUUCUUCUGGUCCCGGAAAUGCAGCCCCAAUAGUCGAGCUUCUUAAAGGGAAUCCCCCAAUUCCAUCCCUCCUCUCCCUCCUGCCCACAGAAAUAUUCUAGAAUGAGAACACUGGAUAAAUACACUUGGACUCAUUUUCUAAUCUUAGGAAAUUUCUAAAACGCCUGUUGUCUUGACUGUUACUCACCUGUCCCUGGCAUGUUAUCUGAUGUUCAUGUUUUGGAAGCAGAACUGCCAGAGGAUCGCCUUUCUAACUGCCCUCUCUGUGCCCAGCAGGCGUUAAUAAAUGCUGAAUAACAGACAAGUCACAGACAAACAAGAAAGAGGAGGAGACAUACAGGCUCUGCAGAGUCGAAGAUUGAGUCCGGGUUGAGCCUGGACUAAGAUUGGGUCCAGAUUGCAGAGCCUGCCCACCCCCUAGGAUGUUAUUUAGAUCACGUGUAGCUUUUAGAGUCUAGGUCUGGUUAAUUGCCAGGGUGGCAAAGAAUCGCAUGCGCCAAUAUAAACAGGAGUCCAAAUGCAUUAUUAGUCGAAGACGGAAUUUCCCAUUGUAGAGGUGAAGUAGCUGGGAGUAAGCUGCAUAUUUAUGCUGGGAAGUGACUAAGUGGAUGACUCGUAUACAAGUUGUUGUCCGUUACAUCACACCUCUCAUCUGCUUGGAUCAUGGAACUUUACUCUAGAAUAUCAGCCACUGGGGUCUUGUUCACUACAAGAUAAAUUCACGCUCCACAGAACUUUGCAGCUGUUCACAACUUGACGAGAUUGUACCUGCAAAUUCUGUCUGCACAGAUGUCUAAUAAAGCAAAACUCUGGAUCUCGU